UAGCUUCCACGUACACACUCCAACGUCUCUCCCCGCGGCCGGGGGAGAGCACAUCCGGGUCGCUGGAGCAGGUGCCUCAAGCCCCGCCUCUUUCCCCAGUCUCUUGUUCCAGCUUCCGGCUAUCUCAAGUCUUUUCCGCUUGUUUUCUGCCGUCUUUAUCUGCGCUCCCUAGCUCGUUCUGGCGUCUAGGCCCUGGUCCCUCAGCACCCCUACCCUGUAACCAGCGACUCGCUGCGCAUCUCGAAUCUCUCGGGGCUCGGAGCAACUCUGCGGUGCGUCUUCGCGGUGCCGUUUGGGGUGAGGCCUGCCGCGCGCCGUGAGUCCGUGGAGACGUGAGCUCGCAUCUCCCCGCAGCUCGGUUGAGGCCGCCGCCGCCGCUUCGGGAUGCCCCGGCUGUGGUCCGCGCAGCGCUGGGCUGCCGUCGCGGGCCGUUGGGGCUGUAGGCUGCUCGCGCUGCUGCUGUUGCUGGUGCCGGGGCCCUGCGGCGCCUCUGAGAUCACGUUCGAGCUGCCCGACAAUGCCAAGCAGUGUUUCUACGAGGACAUCACGCAGGGCACCAAGUGCACUCUCGAGUUCCAGGUGAUUACUGGUGGUCACUAUGAUGUAGAUUGUCGAUUAGAAGAUCCUGAUGGUAAUGUGUUAUACAAAGAGAUGAAGAAACAGUAUGAUAGUUUUACCUUCACAGCCUCCAAAAAUGGGACAUACAAAUUUUGCUUCAGCAAUGAAUUUUCUACUUUCACACAUAAAACCGUGUAUUUUGAUUUUCAAGUUGGAGAAGACCCACCUUUGUUUCCUAGUGAGAACCGAGUCAGUGCUCUUACCCAGAUGGAAUCUGCCUGUGUUUCAAUUCACGAAGCUCUGAAAUCUGUCAUUGACUAUCAGACUCAUUUCCGUUUGAGAGAGGCCCAAGGCCGAAGCCGAGCUGAGGAUCUAAAUACAAGAGUGGCCUAUUGGUCAGUAGGAGAAGCCCUCAUUCUUCUGGUGGUUAGCAUAGGGCAGGUAUUUCUUCUGAAAAGCUUUUUCUCAGAUAAAAGAACCACGACAACUCGUGUUGGAUCGUAACUACGUUUUGAGAAUUGAUCCACCAUUGCCGCUGUAAUAUUGCUGUCCUCUAAUUAAUUUUAGGUACCGAAGAACUUAAUAUUGGCAACAUUUUUAGAAUCUUACUCAUACACUUGUUGUGGAGGGAUGUACGAUGCAUUCCCCAAGCUGUGGAAAGGACACCUUUUUUUAUUUGUAAAGGUAGAAAAACUUUGGGACUUAUUUUGGGCUAUUCAUAAAUAUUCAGCACAAUGAUCUACUCUUUUCUUGGUUGUUUCUAUCUGCUCUUCGCACACUAAAGUAUUUUGAUUUGGUAUUUUGGUUCCUUUUAGCCAUUUAAAAAUACUUUUCUUGUAAGUAGUGGAGAUUUUUAAAACCUUCAAUUUAAUGUCUACAUGUGUUGUGGAGGAAGAAAAUUACCUUUCAGUUGUUUAUAGGAAAUAAAGUUUUGUUUUUAAGAAAACCAGUUGUGAUUAGCUAUAGCCCAAGCCCUAUUCUGCACUGUUUAAUUUUAUGAGGAAAAAAACCUACCAUAGAAAUGUUAGUUAGUUAAUAUUGAUAUAGUUUUAAAUUGAUACAUCAUGGUUUAAUUUAUUUCUCAGUAGCUUGGAAAAUAUCGUUUUUAUUGUUUGGGUUUAUUCUAUGAUCUAUAACCAGAUGUGUUAUUUUUUUUCAUAAAGACAUUUUUACCACACAGAAAAUAGUAUGUUUCAAUUACAUAAUAGAGUUUACACAGGCCUUAAAAGUCAGACUGUUGUAACAGGUAGAAUAAUUACAGAAUAAUUUAAGACACUACAAUGGGGGGCAAAUGAAAUGAGAAGACUUUUAGUGAGUUAUCUGCACAUAUUACAUUUUCAGUGCUUUUACAAAGAAAAAAGGUGAUCUGUUUCAUUUUAAACAUUUGAAUUGGCUAGUUCUUGCUCUUAUGUGGCUUUAAUGUCUGAGUCACUCCCAGCUUAAAUUGAGAGUUGUAAUAUAGUAUUAUAAAAGUGCCAUACAUUUUAUCCUAAUGGGUGUGAUGCACUGAGAAGUUAGUUACUUUGGUUUUUUUCUUUCUUUCUUUUUUGGUUUUUUUGUCUUGCACAUGUAAUUUGUACAAUCUCUGGUUAACAGCCCUAAGAUGAUGUUAAAAAUUUAGAAUGCCGUGUAUGUGUUUCUUAUUUGAUAAUCUUCAUUGACUGUACUGCAUUUAACGAGUAUUAGUGCAUUUUCUGUAGACUAUAGGGUUUAGACUGUGUUUGUGUUUUAUAACUUGCAUACAUUGAGCUGAUUGAAAUAAGAUUCCAAGUAUUCUAGAAUGGAAUACAAGAUGAUGCAAAAUUGGGUUUAAAGCUUUUAUGCUGUUAAAAAAAAAAAUUGCAACUGCUUUUUGCCAUGCUUCUAUCCCCCACCUAAAAGUGAUGAGUGCUGAACGUGACUGUCAUAUUGUUAGGACUUUGAUAUGUGGUACCACAGAAUACUGAUUGGAUAGCAAUUCUAGUCACUUACCACUACUGACUAGAAGUUAACUCUUAAUUCUAAGCUGUCUUAAGAUGCAUAUACACUGCUGCAUGUAAGAGCAAAAUGAAUUCAGGUUGUCCUGCUUGCUAAUUUCAAGUGCUACAGUGUAGCAAGGGAUGAACAUAUUUUCAGACUUUUAAUUCUAAAAUUUUUGAAGACCAAAUAGCUACUCCUUCAACAAUAUAUACCAGUGGAUUAAGAACUGAAGUUUAAGAUUCUGCAGAUUUAUCUAUUGGGGUUCUUGUAUUGGAGUUGUCCUGUAGCUUUUUAAAUGUCCCUCUAGAUUUGCAAAUUUUAAACACUAAUGUUAAAGUGAUAAACAUGGGAGUAUGUUAAAUGUCCUUUUCUGGUUGCCUGUCUGCUCUGUUGUAUUCAGAUAGUUACACCAUAAUUCAGCAGAGCUGGGUAUCAUAAGUGUGCCGAGUUUGGCAUAGAUAAUGCAGUUAUUUAAUCUGUGCCUAUCAAAACUUCAUGAUAUUUAAAGAUUAUUACCACAGAUAAGUUGCGGUGAAACUAUUGAGAUAUAUUAAAAAUUUUUUAAAUCACCACUGUUACCUGUUGUAGAAAAUAGUACUGACUUAGUCUAGUCUGUUUGUAACUGGUUAAAGUUUGAUGGCUUGCCUAUACUCAACUAGGUAUGUAUAUUAAAAUUAGAAAAUACAUAUCUACCUAGACAUGAAUGUUAAGUAAGAACUUUUUUCUUCCUUCCCCUAUAUAAUUUGUAGCUCAUCUUUUUUCUUUAAUCCUUUCAUAACUUGUUGCAACAGUUUGAAUUCCCCAAAUAUUUACGUUUGGACAUAUGGCUCAGAAUACAUAUUUAAACAUCAUUAGCUGUAUAUAUUUUUAAAGUAGAAUAAAUAAUGGAAAGGGACUUGAUAUAUAAGUUUAUACUAAAAUUCCAACUGUGUGAAGAUACAUUUUAAGAUAUUACUUUGCUAAUAAUCUAAAUAUUCAUUUUUUAUUAAGGAAACAAAUGGUUUGGGGUUCACAGCUUUCAUCCUGGCUUGAUGAUAAUCAACUUUGAAAACACAGUGGACUGAAAAGCAAUUUUAUUCUUUGAAAGAUUUCAUUUAAAUCUCUGUACUAUCCAUUUUUGCUUCAGUUUGUAAAUGUGUAACAUUUAUGGUUAAAUAGGACAAAGCAGACCCUAUGACUGUUGUUUUCAAGAAUUAAACAAAUUGAUAUAUAAAUUAUUCAAAGGGGGUUUUCAUUUACUUUUGAAAAGAAAAAUUUCUCUAAAUUAAAAAUGUUGGUUCUGCAGGAUUGCACCAAUCAAUUCUUGUAGAAUAAAAAAAUAUUUCAACAAA